CCAUCAAACACAGCAAAGCAAAACACAAUUUAGUCCGUGACAUACGUGAGGGUGGUGUAGUGUCUUGGUUCGGUUGGUCUGGGCCGCCUCUGUGCCCUUCUCUGCAACCGAAUUCCAAGUGCCAAUGCAUUCUCCGGCGGGACCAACCGCCGCCACCACGACCACCACCACUACUAGCAGCUCCGAUGUCUUGCUAGGUAAGUAUCGCCUGGGUCGCCUUCUCGGCCGUGGCAGCUUCGCUAAGGUGAAUUACGCUCGGUCUCUUGCCGAUGGUUCCGAUUUGGCCGUGAAGGUAAUCGACAAGACAAAAAUCAUCAACACCACCAUGGAACCUCGCGUGAUUAACGAAGUCUCUGUAAUGCGUCGACUUCGACACCCAAACAUCAUUAGAAUCCAUGAAGUCAUGGCUACAAAAUCGAAGAUGUAUUUAGUCAUUGAGUACGCCAGAGGCGGUGAGUUACUCUCCAAGAUUUCCCGGCGUCAACGUUUCACCGAACCUGUCGCUCGCCGCUAUUUCCAACAACUAGUCUUUGCUCUUCAAUUCUGUCACACAAAUGGCAUCGCUCACCGAGAUCUCAAGCCCCAAAACCUUCUCCUUGACGAUCAGGGCAACCUUAAGGUCUCUGAUUUCGGUCUCUCUUCUCUCCCAGAGCAAUUGAAAGAUGGGCUUCUUCACACGGCCUGCGGUACACCGGCAUAUACAGCCCCUGAAGUGGUCGGACGGAAAGGCUACGACGGGACCAAGGCAGAUGCUUGGUCCUGUGGUGUUAUCCUCUUCGUCUUCCUCGCCGGAUUCCUCCCUUUCGACGAUUCAAAUCUUGCCGUCAUGUACCAGAAGAUUCGCCGCCGGGAUUUUCAGUUUCCGUCGUGGUUUUCAAAACCGGUGAGGUGGGUGAUCACUCGGCUGCUUGACCCAAAUCCUGAGACCCGCAUCAGUAUCGACGCUCUAAUGGAAGUGGGUUGGUUCAAGAAAUCGUUGCAAUCGAAGGAUCAGAAUCAGAACCAUCAGAUACAAACCCUUUUCGAUUUGCAGCUAACAAUGUCGCCGGAAAAAGGUUCGAUGAGCGCUUUUGAUAUAAUAUCGAUGUCGUCUGGAUUGGAUUUAUCGGGGUUGUUUGAAGGGAGGAGGAAGUGGGCAAAGAGAUUUACAUCAAUGAUAGAGUCAGCAGAGAGGAUUGUGGAGAGAGUGACGGAGGUUGGGAAGAAAUUAGGAUAUACAGUAGAGAGAAGGAAGAAAAGUGUGAUUGGGUUGGGGAAGGAGAGGAUGGGAUUGUUGAUAGAGGUGUUGGAAGUAGCACCUUCAUUGUUUAUGGUACAAGUGAGAGUGGGAAGUGGGGAAGGAGGAGUAGAGUUGGUGGAGUUGCAGUGGGGAGAGCUGAAAGUGGAGCUUGAAGACAUAGUUCUUGCCUGGCACAAUGAUGCUGUCUGAGAGCUUUCCACUUACCCGUCCUUAAUUUGGAUGGUUUUUCCUCUAUCCACACUGUACAGAGAUUUGCAGAGCUAGGGUAAGCCAUUAAGGCCCUGCCCUUUUGUUUUCUGAUCUUACUGUUGCCAAUAAUUCCAUUGGGAUUCACUAAUCCGAGCUCAUUUGAAUUGUUGUAUAAUUGAGAACCAGCGAACUAGUCAUUAGAGUUGUAGACUAGUAAUUGAAUAAGUGUUGCUCUUCA